AUGCAGAUGCCUGGACGAGCUCACGAACCUUUUGGACAAUCAAUGCGUCCACAUGUAGCUUUCCAUCCGGACUAUGUCAGUAACGCGUGCUUGUCUACUCCAUCAAAACCGAGCACAGGGAAAUCCUUCACAAUCGACGCACUCCUCGCAAGGCCCGAUCAUACGGAGAGAGAGACGACAAACCUAUAUCGGAACAUAAGCAGUCAACCACCAGUGUCGACCACCGCAGUCCCAUUUGCGUCACACGUUUACUCGCAAAUUCCACAAUUUGCGUAUAACCAGGGCAUUAUGCAUACACAGACUGGGUAUCCCGUUUUCUGUUAUCCACCUUACAACUACCAGACAACGUGUCGUGGAGCUAUGUACGCACAAGAUGCUGUACUCGCAAAAGCAGGAGUCCACUCUCACUAUAAACACAAAACUGGAAAAUCCAAAAGAAUGCGCACCAGUUUCACCAACGAACAGCUGUCCAGACUGGAGAAGGAAUUUGCACGCCAGCAGUAUAUGGUGGGAUCAGAGCGUUUCAUCCUGGCGUCUGCUCUUCAGCUCACUGAAGCACAGGUCAAAGUUUGGUUCCAGAACAGACGCAUCAAGUGGAGAAAACAAAGUCUUGAGCAGCAACAGGCCAAACUUGCCAAACUAGGAAUCGCAGUGCCGCCAAAAAGCCCAGGAUCUCAGGGCAGAGAGGACGAGGAGAGAGAUUUCACAGAGGACUCUGAUGUCGACAUUGACAUCGACGAUUCACUACAAGACUGA